AUGGCCUCCUCCUCCAGUCGAUCGAUGCUAUCCGGGUCCUCAUCGUCGUCCUACGUCUCUUCCUCUCUGGCCGUACCGUCCCUCAGCCGCACACACUCACAUCUUACGCAGACCCCGACGAGCUCCUCCGUCUCCGCCGUCACAUAUGAGCCGUCGAUCCCGGUCACUCCAUUGCGCCCCUUGGACCUUGGACCGCCGGGCUACCAAGCUACUAUUACCCUUUUCGAGCGCACACCGCACGAGCGCACAGUGUACCUUGGACCGUGGGAGGUAAUAGAGGGGGAUACUCGCCGAGUUGUCUGGCAGAGCAGUUAUCAAGGCGAGACCUUAGAACAAUUUCUCCCAUUGGGCCUCCCUACACAGGCGCAACCCGUCACACUACAUGGCCAACACCGGCCCUUUUCUGACCCAGCGGAGUCGGAGCUGCUGGUCACAUUCCGAGAGCCAUACAGGAUACGAUACACUACGGCCGAUGGUACGGUAGUGCAUGACGAAGUCGUCGAGGUCAUAUAUGAGUUCACUUCGAUCGAAGGCUCAAUGCGAUUCCAGGGCGACCUAAGGAGGCAAGACCUUGUCGACUAUUUCGACGUUGAUGUCGUAUUCUCAGACACGCACGGCAGGACGGAUUCCCUGUCAGGAGCCGUACGAGGCCUGGCCACAAUACAGAGAGUCAAACUUUGGAGGGACCGUCUCUCCUUGCACCACUGCCUUACCUUCUAUUCGGACAAGCCGUCUAACCGACGCGAACGACGAUAUCGGGAAUACCAGGUCAUCGACUUCCAAGGGGAGCUCCGGAACCGCGACGACAAACAUCGGGAGUACCGGCUGAGUGCGGUAGGCAGGCGCGGAAGCGCGCCCAACGCGGUUCGCGCGAGGAGCUUCUCCAUCUCGUCGCCGUCGUCGUGGCGAAGCAAGUCACGGUCGGCAGAACGAGGUUCAGACACGAGCCAGGUGUCUACGACGACCCUGCCACUCGAUAUACGUUGGCUUGGCGUCCGCUUCACGCGGGAAAUCGACUACCGUCGCUUCGCCGACCAGUGGACCUUUUGCCACAUUGCGGACGGAGCACUGCGAGGGCUGCCGUUCCCGCCAAACCAUAUCGAGCUCCCUCUACCCGCUAUACGAACGGGCCAAGUGGCGUAUGAGCUCGAUGCAACAGAGUCUGCUAGGAGCUUACCGAACAUGCCAACGGUGCUUGAGCCAAGGAGUGACGACGGGGCAUCCUAG